UUGCGGCAUGAAACUGUUAAUAUGUGCUGAUUUUUUAUUGCUGCUGCUGCUGCUGCUUGCAACUGGCGCCGCUGGCAUGUACUUUGAGCUGCCAGAGAGCAAUGCAACGGAAGGCAGCGAUGAUUUCAUGGGCGACGUUGUGAAUGAGCUUAGUGAAUGGCUGCCAGUCAAUCAGUUAGAGCGUAAUUUAACCGCGCAGGAUAAUUCUCUGGCACUUGCAACAGAUACGCUCGAUGCAUUGUGGCAGCAAUUCAGACAGGGGCUGUCAAGUCUGAUAGACAGUGUCAGCCAUCAUGACUAUGGCGAGUUUGAUAAGCCAACUGCAACCACAAGCGAGCAAGCCAGCAAUGCAACAACAAAAAAGUCAGCAGCAAUGGCUAAACAUUAAUGUAA